AUGGCAAAGCAAUGGACUGCCACCUCUUUAGUGGCACUAGUAUUGCUAGGCUACUUAGUUGUGACAAAUGUAGAGGCUCAGGACUCAUUUUGGGGAAAGCCUGCACCACCAACGUCAAAGGGUGUUCAACCUCCACAGGUACCAAAGGUUCCCACACGUCCAGAACUGCCACAGGUUCUUCCACCCCGAAAGACUCCUCAGUAUCCUCAAGUGCCAAAGAUCCAGCCAGCACCAGCGCCAAAAUUUCCUCAAGUGCCAAAGGUGAAACCAGCGCAGCUGCCAAAGUUUCCUCAAUACCCUCAAGCAUUCCAUGAUCAGUCUCCCCAGGAGCCAGAGGUCCCUCAGCCACAGCAACCACAGCGCCCUGUUGUGCCAAAGCAACCUCCUGUCCAUAGCUGCGAGGUGGCACAAAACAUACGAGUCCCAUGUGGAGGUCCUGAUAUCUCCGCUGCCGGAUGUGAAGCCAUAAACUGCUGCUUUGAUAGCCAACAGUGCUACUUUGGAAAGGCAGUGACCGUCCAGUGUACCAAGGACGCUCACUUCAUUGUGGUAGUAGCCAGAGAUGCCACUCUGCCCAACAUUGACCUCGAGUCAAUCUCACUGUUGGAGGGAGGUCAACGCUGUACACAUGUCGACUCUAAUUCAGGCUUUGCCAUCUACCACUUUCCUGUUACUGCUUGUGGCUCCGUUGUUAUGGAGGAGCCUGGUGUUAUAAUCUAUGAGAACAGGAUGUCAUCCUCAUAUGAGGUAGGAGUUGGACCCAAUGGAGCCAUUACCAGGGACAGCUACUAUGAGUACAUUGGCACUUCUGUUGAAACUUUGGUUGCAGAAGUAUUACCAAUACAAGAUCCUCCUCUACCAGUUGCUGCUCUGGGACCCAUCAGAGUACAGCUGAGGCUGGCUAAUGGACAGUGUCAUACAAAGGGUUGUAACGAAUUGGAUGUGGCCUAUAGCUCUUUCUAUACAGAGGCAGACUACCCCGUGACCAAGGUACUGAGGGAGCCUGUGUACGUAGAGGUUCAGCUCAUUGAAAAAACAGAUCCAAACCUUGUCCUGACUCUUGGUCGCUGUUGGACAACCACAAGCUCCAACCCUCACACUCUACCUCAGUGGGACAUUCUGGUAGACGGGUGUCCAUACAGGGAUGAUCGCUACUUGUCCGCACUGGUUCCAGUUGGUCCCUCCUCUGGUCUGGACUUUCCGAGUCACUACAGGCGUUUCAUUUUCAAAAUGUUUACCUUUGUGGACCCCAGUUCACUAGUGCCCCUGAAAGAGCAGGUGUACAUUCACUGUAGUACAGCUGUAUGCACUGCUGCACCAGGCCGCUCCUGUGAGCCAUCAUGCUUCAGAAAAAAGAGACAUGUCGAGGCUGCAGACCAGAGGACGGCUGAGCCAAAGGUUGUGGUUUCUGUUGGACCUGUGAUCAUGGCCGCCCCUGAGAAGCAACCAGAGAGUGUCGGGCUCUAG